UGUAAAUUAUAUCGAUUAUAAUGACAUAUAGAUGGACAUUUGUAUAAUGCCAAUAUUCAACGAUUGAAUUGUCAGAGGAAAAUGCUUUUGAUAUCCGUAUAAUUGAAUGGUCAACGGCAAACAGCGGAAAUAUCCGAUGUAGUCCGAUGUUAAAGGGGAUGUGUAUUGCAAUUCCCGCGCGAAUGUCACGUGACAAUUAUUUUGGCGGCAAGAUGAAAGGGAAUGGAGCGACGCGAUUGGUUAACCGGUGAUUCGUGACCCAGAAUAGAUCACGUGGUAUUGUUAUUAUUGUGGCCGACGGAUUAUCAAAACACGAGGCGAGAUUUGUUCUGACAUUGUUCGCAAAAUUGACACGAGAUCGAUUAUCGAUCGAUAUGGCGAUGAUUGACAGUUCAAACUUAGCGGAGUUCCCUUCCCGACCGCGCCGAGUGCACCAGCAGACGGGGCGAAAUUACGACGGAGAGGGGACGAGAAAUCUGGAACUCCGCGGAAUUCUGGAAACUUUGGGAGCUUACACGGGCUAUGAAGGGGGUAUCAACUGCAGCAAAUGUGGCAAGCUGUACAAGAGCAAGGUGUGUUUCAUCAAGCACCUAUGGGAACACUCCGUGUACUGGGACCUGUUCCCAGGCGACAAGAACCAUGAACGGGUCCUUGCCAUUCAGGCUGCCCUCAUCCUGUACUCACACUACCUUGGAGUGUCAGAGGAAGAUGCAGAGAGGCUGAGAGAGCUGCUAGUGACGUCCCCAAACAGCCAUGAAAGCAAUCCCUCGACGUCUGCAUUGGCUACAACACCAAAGAAGAGUCACGGUGAGCCGUCAUGGAUGAGUAACUGCCCGGCGACCCCUUUCAAAGGGAACGGCAUCGAGAGUGAGACCCUGCCUGACCCCUACCCAACAACGCCCUUGCGAGAGGUCGAACCAAAGUUAAUCUGUCCUGCGGCACCUAGGAAGGACAAGAAGUCCUCGUAUAUGAAGAUGCAGCGGACACCACGACGACGACGUCGCUUGCUCCUGGAGUGAAAAACACCUGUAUGGUGUUUCAUACAUUUUAGACUUGUUCUGAAAUAACUGGACUUUAUGCAUGUGGGUUAAGUGUCGUACCAGAUUAGCUUGGGCAUGUCAGUACAGGCUAUUUUAGCGAUCAGCGUUUACACUUUAUGCCUGAACUACAUUUGUGUUAAGAAGAGACUUCCUAUAAAUGAACAUUAUCCAUAAAGGACAACGGACUUAAUCUGGAAACACACUUUAUGCACAUGAAUUAAUCCCAGUUUUCCGAGAACAAGGUAUAUUUUAUAACUUGGCAGUUGGGGCGAGGUUAUUUCUUCUUUCAUAUGAUUGCCUCUUUGGUUCUUGUAUGACUUUAUAAACUUAAUGUAAGUUAUGUAUUAAAAAGUGCUAAAUAAUUUUACUAAAAGUAUAACCUUAAAAGGUGUGGAUAUGUCGAAUUGUGUUUUUUCAGUCUUUUUAAGAGUAUUAUCACCUUGAAUACUCUACUUUAUGUUUACAUAGUGCUUAACAUUUCAAAUCAAGUGUUCACUGUACUUUUUCACUCUUUUUACUCUCUUCUUUGUAAAGUUUAUUAUUGGCAAAUAUGUACUUAGGAUAAUACUGACUUAGGAUAAUACUGCAAUUUGCGGCAUCUAUUUCUCAAUAAUUUGAACUUCUGAAACAAAUUUUUUUGGUGUAUUAACUUUAAAAAUCACACCCUUUUGCUAAAUGGUUUCUACAAGUAGCAUAAAUGGCUGCUGUGCACACCAUACCAACAAAAAAACAUUUUAAAGUAAGUGUUGAUGCAAUCUUUGACAGUAACCUUGGGUGCACCUCUGUAAGGUUAAAAGCAUGCUAAAACUUCAGUGUUCUAUAAAGUUUUGUUUAGACAAUUCCGACCCUUAUCCUUCAUUUUCGGCACUAAAUCAAAACUUUUUGUAAUAAAUGGUGUGUACAUUUAUGUUCGUACAAAAUGUUAUCGCCUUACUUGUCUGUUUUGGAUGCCUUAAUGUCUUCAGUAGAUUUUCUCGCUUUAAAACAGUUUAUGUGCACGUGUUAGCAUAGAAAAUAUAGGAAGGAAAUAUGUUCAGAUUGUGAACGAGUAUUAAAAAUCAUGGGGCCAAAUUUGUUUUGUUCUUGUUUCAUGUAUUUUGUUAUUUGCUUGGUCAGUUUAUAGUUUUAAUCCAAUAUAUUUGUUGCUAAUAAAUGUGUCCGUAAAGUGCUAAUAGUGCUUGAAAUGGCAUAAAAUCCACUAAACAUUAUAUUACUUGGUUACCUUAAUUUCUCAAAUAUAACACUCCACAGUGUAUAAAACGCAACUAAAAAUGAUAUCCAAUUCAGAGAAAAAAGUGGAUCAAAAGUGGAUCUUAAAAAGAAAAGUCUCUGGUAAAAUUGAUUAAAAAUUUGUCUCUUUCGCAAUCUUUGAUUGCCGAUACCAAAAAUAUGUUUGCUGUGAAAAACUUGUUGUAUUAUGAAUAGCGUUUACACUGUACCAACAAGCAUAUGAAAUUUUGCAGGUUAAAAAGUGUGUCUUAUAUUCAAGAAAUUACAGUACCAACUCAUUACAGUAAUGCCAUUCAACGAAGAGUCUAUAAUAUAGUCUGCCUGCUUAUUUUGCAGUAAUAAAAGACAUUUGAAAAAAAACUCAUGAUAUGUAAGUUUAAACAAUAAAAUGAACAUUUUAACUGCAACUUGUUGAACUAUCUUACAAGUUCUAAUAAUUAAUAAUUAUAGAAUAACAACUGUACAUUAUGUUGAUUUUUGGUUUGUGGCUAUUUAAAUGUUUAUAGAUUUUACAAAAAUAUUGCUAAAAUCUUAGCUGUUUUCAAGGCAUUAUUUUGUAAAUGUGUAUAUCUGGUAUUUUACUAUUUGUUAGUUAUGAUAUAUUCUUUUUUACUGUGAUUAUUUGAAGAUUAAUUUUAGAUAUAAAUUUGACUUUUCUUUUGAGUUUUUUUAUGUCCCCCACUAUAGUAGUGGGGGACAUAUUGUUUUUGCCCUGUCUGUCUGUUGGUCUGUCUGUUGGUCUGUUUGCGCAAACUUUAACAUUUUGCAAUAACUUUUGCUAUAUUGAAGAUAGCAACUUCAUAUUUGGCAUGCAUGUGUAUCUCAUGAAGCUGCACAUUUUGAGUGGUGAAAGGUCAAGGUCAUCCUUCAAGGUCAGAGGUCAAAUAUAUGUGGCCAAAAUCGCUCAUUUUAUGAAGACUUGCAAUAUUGAAGAUAGCAACUUGAUAUUUGGCAUGCAUGUGUAUCUCAUGGAGCUGCACAUUUUGAGUGGUGAAAUGUCAAGGUCAAGGUCAUCCUUCAAGGUCAGAGGUCAAAUAUAUGUGGCCCAAAUCGCUUAUUUUAUAAAUACUUCUGCAAUAUUGAAGAUAGCAACUUGAUAUUUGGCAUGCAUGUGCAUCUCAUGGAGCUGCACAUUUUGAGUGGUGAAAGGUCAAGGUCAUCCUUCAAGGUCAGAGGUCAAAUAUAUGUGGCCCAAAUCGCUUAUUUUAUGAAUACUUUUGCAAUAUUGAAGAUAGCAACUUGAUAUUUGGCAUGCAUGUGUAUCUCAUGGAGCUGCACAUUUUGAGUGGUGAAAGGUCAAGGUCAUCCUUCACAAGGUCAAGGUCAUCCUACAAGGUCAAACAUCAUAUAGGGGGACAUUGUGUUUCACAAACACAUCUUGUUCAUACUUAUAGUUAACCCGGAGUUAUUUGUAUGGCAUGUUAUGUUAUUAAAUAUUGUAUGAGAUGUUAUUGAUGUGUACUUGAUGGGUUAUCAAAAAACCAUUUGCUAAUUAUCUGCUUUGAACGAUUGAUUAGUUAUUUUAGAGAUCUGAUAUAGUGUUCAAUUAUAUUUGUUUUAAAGUAACCACAUUGUUUGAUUGAUUUAGUAAGUUACCAGGUUAUUCUCUUUUUGCUGAUAAUUGAACGUUUAUUGCAAUUACUGGUUGUGAAAUGCAUGUGUAGUUAAUGUAUUUAACUCUACUUGAAGCAAUUCGAAGAGGACCUCAACCAAAUUUUGUUUGACAUCGUAUAAGUUGUGUGUUGAUUUAAUAGACAUUGGAUUUAUAUGAAGAUAUGAUGUGGAACAUUUUAAUGUUUGAAUAGAAAGAUAUAAUAAGGCACUUGUUUUUUUCAUUGAAAGAUAUUAUAAUGCACUUUAUAUUUUUUUCAUUGAAGAAUAUUAUAAGGCACAUUUUCAUUGAAAGAUAUUACAAGGCACAUUUUAAUACUGUACUAUGAUUUAUUUACAAAUCAAAUGAUCACAAUUAUUGAUUUGUUGUUAGAAAUACUGAUUGUGUACGUGGACAUUUCAAUAAACAAUUUGUUGGUAUCCAAAUAAAUUAUUAGUUUGAUUUAGUCAUUCCGACAUAAAAUUUAUGAUAAUCAUGUAAACAAUAAUGAUAUAAUGAUAGAAUUGUUUGUUAUUCAGCUACUUUUACAUUUUCAAAUAUUGAAGUUCCACCUGUUGGUAAGUUAAAGAAACACAAUUAAGUGCUGAUCUGAUAUGGAAAUGUUCUGAAAUUGUUAACCCAUUUAUGCCUAGCGUCUAGAAAAAUGGCCCUGGCAAACAGCGUAGACCCAGGUGAGACGCCGCAUAAUGCGGCGUCUCAUCAGGCUCUGCGCUGUUUGCUUAAAGGAAUUUCUGUAAGAAAUAUUCUAAAUAUAGAAAUAAGUAUACUAGAUAUCCCUAAUUUUGGAUAUAAAUUGAUCCAAUUUAGAAGGAUGGGAGAGUCCACUAGGCAUAAAUGGGUUAAUAUAUUCUUGUUGAAGCAGUGGGUGCUUCUUGUGUACAGGGAAAGAUCAAGAAUGAGAAAUAAUACAGAGUGCUGCUGAAACGAAAUUGUGAUGUAUACAUAACAGAUGUUUGUUAUGGCCUUCCCAUAUUCUUUAUAGUAUUUAGUCUCAAUAGUCCUUAUUGGAUAUGGUUGUUGAUAUAUAGUGAAGCUGUUGAUAUAAGAAGUAAUAUUCAUCUAACUAAUCAAAUUUAUAUAUUAGCGUGUUAAGUCCCUAAAUCUUAGUAAACAUUUGUAUACAUCACUCUGUUCAGGAACGUGUUUGGAUUUUCAGGGUGCUUUUCACAAACUAUCUAAGUUAACCGGUAUCUUCAUUUUAAGUCUGGAUUCUUUGUUUAGAUAAUCUUCACCAACAGAAUUAUAACUUUUGUUUACAUACAUCUAUAUAACAAUAUUAUUGGCCAAAUUGAUUGUUUAAAUACUUAUUUGUCAUUUAAGCUUGUGAUGUACAAAGUUGUCUGUUUUGAAAAGGAAAAUAAAGCUCUUGACUCAUCAGAUGUGUUUGGUAGGCAAAUGAGAGAACACAAAUUUCUGUUUGCACUUCUGUGAAAUAAUUAUAGAUAAAGACAUAACUAUUUGUGUAUAGCCCUAGGGUACAGAUUCCCCUGAGCUUUCAUUCUGGAUCUUUCCCUGUUUGUGUAAAUAUAUGCUGUAAAUAGUUGUUUUUUAUAGCCACAUGUGUGAUAAUGAAACCUGAAGUUGAUUGUUUUCGUUUGAGUCAAAGUAUAUAUGUCUACAUGGUACAUAAUUGUUAUGCAUGUUCAGCCAUAUUGGAAUAAAUCUGAGUCAGAAAAACUAA